AUGGGAAUCGUCAUUGGAAUUGCCGCCGAAGGGGCUAUCCGAGCAGCCUCUGCAGCUGCUGCGGCUGAAGUAGCUGCCGAAGUGGUUAUCAAAGCAGCCUCUGCAGCUGCUGCGGCAGAAGUAGCUGCUGAGGCAGCGUUUGAUGCAGCAACGGCUCCUGACAAAGGACGUGCCGCCAAAAUGGUUCUGGAAGACGCCUCUGCUGCGGCAAGAGUAGCUGCUGAGAAAGUGAAGCGCGCAGCACAGGCUGCUGCCGAAGCAGCCGCAGAGGCAGGAGAAGAGGCAGCGGCAGACUUCGCCGCCACAGCUGCCACUGAAGGGUCAGCCGAGGCAGCCGGAGAGGAAGCAGCCGAAACUGUAGCCGAAACAGCAGCUGAAUGCGGAGCUAAAGCCGGUGAACAGGAAGCGGAAAUGGCAGUGGGUGAAGCAGUCGAGAAGGCAGCGGAGAACGGAGUCUCGAAUCGUCUGGCGAGUGAUUAG